ACGUCUCUCUAAAGUCUUGAAUGUAAAAAUUCAAAGUUUAUUUUGAUGAAUUUUCGUUUCUUAUCUAUUCGGCAUGGUAAUAAAAGUAGGGAUCAACAGCUUUGGCCGAAUCGGCAGAGUUAUAUUUAGAACUUGCACUGAACACGAGGAUAUAGAAGUUUCAGCAAUCAAUGACCCCGCUAUCGACCUAGAGUAUAUGUGCUAUUUAAUGAAAUUUGAUUCCACGCACGGGAAAUUUCCUGGCACCGUGCUACACGAAGGCGAUGUAAUAAAAGUCAAUGGCCAUUCUAUAAAGGUGUUCCACCACAAAGCGCCCGCAGACAUUCCGUGGCAGGACGCGGGUGUGCAGUAUGUUGUCGAGGCUUCUGGCAUGUUCACUAGCGUGGGAAAGGCUUCGGGUCACUUGACCAGCGUUGGAGUUAGGAGAGUGGUAAUAACGGCUCCUAGUGCGGACGCGCCGAUGCUCAUUCUGGGCGUCAAUGAAAACACCAUACAACCAGAUAUGAAAGUAGUAUCAUGCGCAUCGAGCACCCUAUACUGCCUGGCGCCCAUAAUCAAAGUUCUAGAAGAUGCGUUUGGAGUUGACGAUGGUUUUGUGACCAGCAUACACGCUAUGACGCCGUCGCUUAAGCCACUGGACGGCCUGUGUGUUCGAGGAAAGCACUGGCGCGACCACCGCAGCAUCGUCCAAAACAUCAUACCCGCUGCCACGGGCGCCUGUCGCGCUCUCGGCAAGAUCAUUCCUAACUGCAAGGACAAACUCGCUGGGCUGGCUUUUCGUGUGCCAGUCGUUAACGGAUCCGUGCUGGACAUGACUCUCAGGUUGAAUAAGAACACCACUAUAGCAGAAAUAUCCAAAACUAUAGAAGAUUUAAAUAACUGCUCAUUACGAAACAUCAUACAAGUGUCCAACGAAAAGUCCGUAUCCUCUGACUUUAUGGGAGACAAGCAUUCCUGCAUUUUAGACAUUGAUUCGAGCUUGCAAAUGAAACCUAACUUUUUCAAACUUAUAUGUUGGUACGAGAAUGAGUACUCUUACUCAUGUAGAGUUAUAGACACCGUGCUAUUCUUAGAAAGACAGUUCCAAACGCAUAUCUUUACACCCACUAGGCUCAUGUACAAGAGGCCUUUAUCUGGAAACCUUCACAAUAUAGAAAAGAGCCAAGGAGAUGUAGGAAGACCAUAUGUUUCAUUCUGUUUUCCUGGACUACAACACAACCGCCCCACCUUUAAACCCAGUUUACAAAACCUGGAAAUAAGAGCCACUACUGCACAGAAUGCUAUACAGGAACUUGCUUAUUCAUCUAUUCGACGAAACAAGGAAUCCAUUAAAUCCUAUAUCGAACGACUUACGAAAUGUAAAUGCAAUGAAAAGACUGUACCGAGAAAAUAUACAAAGGAAGAUAAUGAGCACAAAGCAGAAAAUUGUUUUAAAAAAGUUGAAAAAGAGGUUUCUGAAAUGUUAAUCAUGGCUGAAGAUAUGUUAAAUAAAUCGUGUAGUAGAAAACUACAGUCUUCAAAGAAAUGCACAAAAUUAAGUGAAGAAGAAUCUAAAAACCGAGACACAAUGAGAAAAAAUAUUAUAGCAAAAAUUUCAGAUACUCUUGAAAAGAUUAGAGAGGUGAAAAUGUGUACUCUAAACACCAGUACUGCAGGGGAUCAAAAGACUGAUGCACGCAAUCACGAGUAUGAAGACAAAGCAAGCCUGCCUUCUUUGUCUACACGUGAAGCCGGUUCACUCAACAUCAAAAACUCUCUACUUAAAGUGCCCAAGCCUAAUUCGCCCAUCAAAACUGUUAAUUCUAGGACUUCAUUGAAUACAUUGAUGAACCAAACAUUCCCAGAUUACCAGGGGAAAAUAAUAAUGUAAAUUUUCCCUUAAUAAAUACUAA